AUGGUUCACUACUCCCGCAAGCCGCAGGUGUCAUCGAAGAGCGCCAAGGCGAAGAUCAGCGACCUUCGGUGCCACUUCAAGAACACGUUUGAGACGGCUAAUGUGGUCAAUGGCAUGCCUCUCCGCAAGGCCCAGCAGCUCUACCGUCAGGUUCUUGCCAAGACUCGCUGCAUCCCCUUCAAGCGUUACAACGGCAAGAUUGGCCGUACUGGACAGGCAAAGGAGUGGGGUCAGACAAAGGGCCGCUGGCCACGCAAGUCGGUUGUGGCGAUGCUCUCGCUGCUGAAGAACGCUGAGGCCAACGCUAUUGAGAAGGGUCUUGAUCCCAACAAGAUGGUCAUCAAGCACGUGCAGGUUGAUGAGGCUGCCCGCAUGCGCCGCCGCACGUUCCGUGCCCACGGCCGUAUCACGCCCUACAUGUGCAGCCCUUGCCAUGUCCAGCUGUUCAUGACGCAGCCGCAGGAGCGCAUUCCUGUGCCGAAGAGUCAGCCCAAGAAGUAG